CUGCGGUGGAUUUUAUGAAGGCCAAUCCAGUUUUGCCUGUUGAUGUGGCUGCCUUUGAAAAAAAUUGUGGUAUUGGAGUAAACAUCACACCUGAUCAGAUUGAAGACUGUGUUGAAGAACUUAUCAAGAAACACAAGGAAGAAUUGUUGAAGAAACGCUACAAAUUCAAUGUUGGAAUAAUAAUGGGAAAGGCGAGAGAGAAGUUAAAGUGGGCAGAUGGAAAAGCUGUGAAAGCAGAAAUUGAUAUGCAGAUCUUAGAUUUGCUUGGACCUAAAACUGAAGCAGACAUGCAGGCUUUCAAAACAAAGGAGGCCAAGCCCAGCAAAGAGGGAAAGCCAGCAAAAGAGUCUCGUUCCGCAGCUGUAGAGGUUUCAUUGAAUGGUGAUACUGGAGAUGAUGAAACAAGUUCUUUGUUUGGAGAGGCAAGCAAGUUCCACAAACCAGGUGACAUGGCUGCUUUCAUGUCAAAAGAAAUGAUACGAGGUCUGGGACUCACCGUGACAGAACUGAUGCUCGUACAAAUGACAGCAAUCAGAUAUGCGGGCAAGAAAGACAAGCCUGUACAUCUGGUGGAAAUGAUGCUUCGAUUUGGAGUGGACUUCCUGACCAUGAUGCCCCUGGAAGCCGAACAGACAAAGGGGUUCAGACUGGCCAGCUCUUCCCACUGGGAUCUCGUGAUAGCCUCUGCUCCAGACGACGGGGAGGACAGCAGUUCGGAUGAGUCAGAACUCUCCGUCGGGUGGGAUGCUGAAGAGGAGCUGGACCCACUUCCUGCCCGAGGAACCCCAGAGUACACUGAAACCGUGACAAGGCACAUAGAAAAUCUGCUGCAGUGUUACGUGUCUGUGCAGACAACGACUCAGGCACUGCAAGUCACAGCUGCGGAAGCGACACCCACACGAAGACCCAGUGGCAGCUCCGGCGGGGUCAGACAAAGAAAGCAGACAACUCCCAGACGUGCCAGGACCGGAGCAUCCCAGGUGUCCGCAGAAGGGCCAGUAGCUGACGAGCAAAGACCGAGGAACCAAGAAGCGCAGCAGGAAGUACCACCAGAUCCCCGGCAGCGUCUGCUAGCACUGCUGGGAAUCAUAGCCACAUGCAUACCCAACAGAGAGUCUUUGGACAGACUGCAAAAGUUCCUGCAAGAAAACCAACCUUGCAACCCACCACAGGUGCAAACAAGAUUUCCUCCUGAACCCAAUGGCAUUCUUCACAUUGGUCAUGUCAAAGCUAUCAACUUCAACUUUGGUUAUGCAAGAGCCCACAAUGGUGUUUGCUACUUGAGAUAUGAUGACACAAACCCAGAGAAGGAAGAGGAGAAGUUUUUCACAGGAAUUUUGGAUUUGGUCAAAUGGCUUGGUUUUGAACCAUGGAAGAUAACCCAUGCUUCAGACAAUUUGGAAAAUUGUAUGAUUUUGCUGUAGAGCUCAUCAAAAGGGGACAAGCAUAUGUCUGUCACCAGCAGUAUGAAGAAAUCAAAGGCCACAAUCCCCCACCCAGCCCCUGGCGGGACAGACCAAUAGAGGAAUCACUGAGGCUGUUUGAGUUUGCCUAUAUCCAGAAAGGGGAAAACAAAGCCCUAUGCAGUUGAGGAAAUAACGAUAUUGAUCAGUUGGACCAUAUCUCUGACUGUAAUUCAUUGACGCCGUGGAUAUGUUCUUAAUGUUCAAAGAAAGUCUUCUAGUGAGCGCCGGAUACUCUAAUCUCUUAACAAGGGCCAAUAUUCAAGCAAAGUUAAACCUGCUUUCCUCAUACGUUCUUGUAAUUGUCCUCUAUUUCAAAUCUGUAAGUUAAAGUUUUGGCUGAUGUGAUCGUAUCAAAUAGAAGUUUAAAUGAUAACUAAUAAUAUUUGGAAGUUAUUUUUAACGU